CCUACCAUAGAAACUCGGUCUCUCUAUCUCUAUCUUUCUCUCUUCCACUGGUUCUGAAAACUUGUGUGUUCUUAAAGCUUUGAUUGUUGUGUUUUCUCAUACACCAAUAAAGCUCUCGAUCUUAGUUUGUUCCUAGCUUCUGUAAUGCUUAAUAUAUACAUAUACAGCUCUUCAUGUUUGAGCUAGAUUGAUGUCUCCUGUACUCAGUGAAGUCCUCCUCUCUGGGUUUAUGAUAAACUCUACACUCAGACGCAGGACUCAUUUAGUUCAAUCCUUCUCUGUUGUCUUCCUCUACUGGUUCUACGUGUUUUCAUGAACAACUGCCUACAAAACCAAACUCGUCAUUUAUAAACUAGCUUUGCACCACAUUUUAUAGAUUACCCUAGCCUGUUUCUUAUUCAAGUAUCAGUUUUUAUUGGUUUUACAUAAUUAGAUUCUGCAUGGCUACUUCUAGUGGAAACUCAUCUACCUCCAGCGCGCUUCAGAUUAUGAACUCCGGCUCCGAUCAAGAGGGUCUUCAUCAGGUCAUGGACCAGAGGAAGAGGAAGAGAAUGAUGUCGAAUAGAGAAUCGGCCCGCCGGUCUCGGAUGAGAAAGCAGGAGCACCUGACUGAUCUGACGGCUCAAGUUGGUCUGUUGAGAAAGGAGAACAACCAAGUCCUACAAAGCAUCAAUGUCACAAACCAGCUCUACCUGAACAUUGAGGCUGAGAACUGUGUGCUCAGAGCCCAGGUGGGUGAGCUCACUAACAGGUUACAGAGUCUGAAUGACAUCGUGGACUGCAUUGACUCGACCAAAUGGAUUUUGGAGAAUGAAGAAGAUAUGAGUGCACAGUUUGGUGGUGAUGAGUUUCUUAAUCCAUGGAAUAAUCUUUGCUUCAAUCAACCGGUUGACAUGUUCAUGUGCUGAAGCUAAACUUAAUUAAUUGGGCUAAUUUGUUCGGUUAAUAAUGUUUUUUUUUUCCUUUCGAGUUAAACUAAUGGAAGAUACAUGUCACUAGGAAGAACCCACGGUAUGUGAAAAUUUGUUCUUAUUAGAUGAGCCAAGAAUUUUGGAUUUGUAGUCGAUCAAUCUUAUAUGGGUUUGUUGAAAUCAAUGGAAAAUAAAGAAGUGGAAACUCUU